UUAGUCUGUUAGCCACGUUGUACGGUAUAGGAAGCCGACAUCUGUUGAGAGUAGCUAAAUGAUUACUAAAUGUAUAACAUAGUGACCGUUAGUGUAAUUAAUUAGAAUAAGUUUUAUAAGCUUCGGAAUUAGAAGUGAAAAUAUGUUGGAAUCCAAUAGUUUAGGAUUAAUGUCCAGCCUUGAUUCUGUUAUGGAUUUUGAUAUAUUUGAAACUGAUAUUACGACUUUGAACAAUGAAAUAGACAGGUUAGAAAGAAUGAAUUUUUCUAGUUGUUCAACUAGUCCUGUACAUUCAAUAAGCACUGCAAGUUCUGAAUCCGGUGAUGUCUCGUCAUUUGAAUAUUUCAGCGGAUUAGAUGAAGAUUAUAAAUUUGUUUCAAAUCAAGAUCCCGUUCUUGCUGGAGUUGUAAUAGAUGAUGAUAUUUAUAAAGAUCUUGCCCUUCCUAAUUUUUCUCACAGUCCAGUUCCAAAACAAACAUACAAUGAUAGUAGCAGUGAGUUUUCCAACAUAGUUAACGUUUCCGAACGAUCCUACUCGGACUCUCUAUCAAAUUCUUGGUCUAGAGCCAUAAGUAAAGAAAGUUUAGAAACACUUGAAGCUUUAACUCAAAUUAUUAGUUGUAAAAUGGGAUUGAGAGAGCAAUUAGAAGUCAUUAGGAUUAUUAAUCCUACAGCUGUAAUAACUCCUACAGAUAAAGAAUUUACUAUAGAUCUAAAAUAUCUUGACGAAAUAAAAUUACAGCGCAUUAAAGAUUACGUUCAGAGCCAGACACUAAAUAGAUCAAAUACAGAAAAUAAUUCUAGCAGAAAUAAGUUCAAGGGCAGCUCUUCAUCAAAAUCAAGCUUGAACUCCGUUUGUAGUUCUAAUUCUCUACUAGGAAAAAUGAAAUCUACAAAGUCAAAAGAAAGACGUAAUCAAAUGAAAGCAUUGAAAAUCCGUCAGAAGAAAGAGUACCGGCAACUCUUGAAAGAGAGAAGAAGCGGCCUGUUUCUACAGGAAGAAGUUCUCUCGCUUAGCAGGCUGUCGCAAAACGACGACGACGACGUCGAUAUACUGGAAUAACUUUUAGAAAAAUUAUAAUGAUUGAAAGCAUUUAAAUAUAUAUUCAAUAUAAUUAACAAAGUAUAUUGUUAAUUAUUUAAGUAACUCGUUUUUUAUGCUUAAAAUAAUUUAAAAUUAAA